AUGUCGUUCGCAUACAAGGUGGACGAACUGCUUGCACUUCGCGACUCGGUGUCGGAAUCAGCCGUGUCGAUAGAGAAGUUUCCAGAUGAAGAUGCGAUUAGAGAACACGUCCUGCGUCCAUCUGCGUCCGCAUCGGCUCAUCUGUCCAGCAGAGCAUCGAAUAGAAGCUUGCGUGUACCCACUCCGGCGGCCCUCGUUCCUUUCGGUCCUCAGAAGCGCCCUUCACCUACACCGUCGAUCAAGCGGGGCAAAGCAGAAAAGCUUCUCAAGGAACAUGGAAGUCCACCCGGUUUACGAGUAACCGCAGGUGGCCGUAUAGUUCCCAGCGACCUUCAACCGCUCGGCACGUCCCGAUACGGCGACACUACUUACAGACCACAACCACCAUUGCGCGUCGCACCGGGCAACAUCAUGCAAACGCAAACUCAGUCAAACGGCAACAACACCGCUCGCGUUGAGGUAGUCGGCGGUCAGCCAGUCAUUUUCGUUGGCGAUCGCAUGUUUGCACUGCCAGCAGUCAACGCGACUAACUCCACGAUGCCUCCUACUGGCCCCGCUGCUAUGGAUCCCAUGGCCAAGCAUAUGCUGGACGCAUCUACAAUGUCUGCUCAUGGCACUCAAUCGGGACCCGCCUUUGGGCCACCACGCUCCAGUACCCAUACACCAUUUGCUGGUCUGGACCUUCCCACACUUAAGACGCAACAAGCCCUGAAGAAACACGAGCUCCGAACUGUAGAGCAGACCGAGGUACUGCAAGCCGGCCAUCAGAGUGAGGCAUGGCGUGCAGGGAUGAUCGAGAAGAAACGGUGCCUCAUCGUCGAGCUCGAUGCACUCCGAAAGCAGAUAACAGCCUUGGAAUCGGACGGCAGUACGACUCAGCAUGGCGCCUUUCCUAGAGCGAAUGGUAUAGGCUCAGCAUCUAUACCGCCUGGCGGACCGCAAUUCCAACACCCGUUUGCUCCCGCAAUGUACCCAUACGCGGCGCCGUAUUCAUCUAUGCCGAUGUUUCAGCCACAACCUCAACCUUUUAGUACCUUACCCAGCUUCUCUACGGAGCCAGCACCUUAUGUCCCAGCCGCGUCAAACCCACCCCAUUCUCCUCCAGGCUCCGCCAGCCGUCGUUCUAAGGCUAUUGAGAUCAAGCCACCUCCUCCCGAGGAAGUCAAGCGGGGUUCUGCCUUGAACCCAAAGAGCCCCACAUAUGAGCCCGCUACCAAGUCCAAGAUUGCACAAGGCGCUGUACCGCCCACUCCUUCACCGGAGAAGUGUUCUCUCUGGGAAGCGCAACAGAUGUCAGAACCAGGCAAGCACGGUCGCCGUGUAUCCUCGCAGAAGCAUAGUCUGUCUAGCGUCGAUACCAUGGACUUCUUCCCCACAAACACACACGAACAUUCCUCAACACGAGUGGCACCACAGGUCAAGGAGACGGAGCAGUCGUCCAAUGAGAAUACGGCUGUUCCGUCUACGCCUGAGAAGCACUGGCCUGCUAGUCCUUGGAACGAAGGCGACUCAGGUCGUUCCAGGAAUAACGAUCUUACGCCAAAGCUCACCUCGUGGCCUGAGGCAUUCGGCAAACAACCUUCCCUAACUUCCAUACAACAAACCGCUUCCGAACAGCCCUUCUCCACCAUGGUAAAGCAAGCUCCUGCAAUGGGUGCUAACAUGUCGACUUCUGCUUCGAGCAGCGUCAUGACGCCGCAGAUCCACUAUGACCAGCGUACUGGCUCAGAUGAAAACUGGCCGUUCCAUGGUAAGCCUGUAGCACAUGUUCCGUCCACAUACCAGGAAGGUUACCAGGCUGGUUACGAACAUGUUGGCAUUCCCGAUAGUCCCGAGGUUCUGCAAGGCUACAUCCAGGGUCUUCUGCAUUUCCUCACAGACGAGUCAAAGAAGCGCCAGGCUGAGUAUCAGCGUGGUGCCAACUCUAGGACACCUUCGCUACGAGCGCUCGUCGCCGGAUCUUUGCCUCAAGACUCUGCUGUCAGCAUGACCUUCAAACGCAAUAGCACCAACGGAGGCCAAGAGAAUGUUCGCUCGGCGAAGAACAAUCCGCCAGAUGAUGUCCGUCGCGACUCGGGGUAUGAUCAACAAGGAAAUGUUAAGGACAUUCCAGUUCAGUACAUAGUUCGCAACGAGGUUGCCCAAGAACGCCAUCGUGUCGCCUCUGCCGCACAGUACCUUAAGCCCCCGGUAAUGUUUCCCCAGAGGAUGGUUUCAGGCUAUCGACAAGCUGUGUUCCCAAGCAUCGAGGACGAUAUGAACAGAGGCAUACAAGACAAAAGUAUUGCAUCCCGAUCAGAGAUGAUUUCGAAUGGUGGUGUGUCCCACCAGCCUUUCGGCAACCAAAUCCAGAAUCGCACCUACAGUACAUCGUUGAACAUGCAACGCUUCUACCCAACGCCCAAGGAACUGGGUCCGAGCGAACUUGGCGGCUACGGCGCGCCUGCUCCUCGGCACUUUGAUAACCACCGUAUGUCAGGAUUGGAUGGCGCCAUGGACGAUUUAUCAGAGAUGAUCAACGAUACGCACAUUGACGAGCGUCGUUCUUCUGUUGCAGUGGGCAACCGUUCGGCUGAAGCACCUACCUCCAUGGAUUAUGAGGAGGGCAACGCAAGUUGCUUCAAAGUCUCCAGCAGUAGCAAGGGCAAGCAAAAGGCGACAUCUUCUCCAGCAAAGGGCAUGGAUGCUGAGCGUGAUACUGCCGCAUCUUCACCCGCCAACCCACCCAGCUCACCCAAGAAGUCUGGAGAGCAUUCACCCGCAAAGGCGAAGCUCGAACAGGUGACCAACAAGUUCCGACGCAGCAAGAAAGACGAUCCUCGAACCAUGUCUCCAGACGAAAGGAAGACACGUUCGGACAAGUGGCGACAGCGCUUCCGUGAACUCAAGAGGACCGAGAUCGAAGAGAUAGAGGCGCAUCGUGGUAACUCGCGUGCCUGA